CUCUCCGCACGGGGAAUGGCGGAGCAGCAGGCUGCUGUGCUGAGGAUUCAGUGUGGGAGAGAGAUGGGGAUUUAGCACAAUAAGAUAGAUCCCAGUCCUCUCUGUUUUCCACUCUCUCUCUCUCUCUGUUGUCGUUCUAAAUCUCUGCUGCCUCUGGCCAUGGAUCCAGAGAAAACGUUGACGUUCUGCCUUGGACUCAAAGCAGAGGCGAUGACCAUCUCCCUGCAGGGGCCGGGAGGACCAGCAGCUACGACGACUGUGUCUCCAAAGGGUUCAGACAUGGGAACCAUCAACAAGGGGGUGAAGGACCAAGCUGGCUCAGGCAGCCAGCCCAUGCUCAGUCAUAAGUACUGCCCUGGUGUCAACAACAACCCAGGCUACCUGUGUGAGACCGGCCACUGCUGUGGGGAAACAGGAUGCUGCACCUACUACUACGAGCUGUGGUGGUUCUGGCUGCUGUGGACCAUCGUGAUUCUGUUCAGCUGUUGCUGUGCCUACCGCCACCGGCGGGCCAAGCUGCGUGUCCAGCAGCAGCAGAGACAGAGGGAGAUCAACCUGAUCGCCUACCACGGAGCCUGCAACUACCCUGCGUCCAUGUUGGACCUCAGUUUCCUGGCCUCCUUCAAGCUGCCGUCCUAUGAGGAGGUGGCAGCCCAGCCCCCCUCACCCCCUCCAUCCUACAGCUCCGUCUUUGCUCUGCAGGGGGCGAUGGGGGGCGCCACCGCUUACACAGCCACCCCUUACGGUUCAGCCUACCCCCAUCACCACCAGCAACAACCCCUCGGCCCUCCCUCCUACUUGGUUAGCUCCAGGGCGGGCCCCAGCGGUGCCGGUGGUGGCCUGACCUCAUCUCAGAGUUCAGACAACUACACCAGCUGCUCCUGCGAGUCCUGCUCCCUCCUCACCUCCCCAUCCAGCACCUCCUUCUCUGUCCAGGUGACCUACGAGACGGAUAAUACCAGCCAUGCCUCCACGCCCGGUAGCGAGGUUGGAGGAGGAGGGAGGCAGGUCCUGAGAGGCUUCCCCAGGGAGGGUUCAUCGCUGGAGGGAGUUGUGUCUGCCAGGUCCCCUUUGUCUCCAGGAGGAUAUCCAGCUCCUCCACCUGAACUUCUACCUACACCUUCUCCCACAACGUCUUCUCCUCUCCCUCACACUCUCCCCCCUCCCAAACUAUCUUCUCCCUCUCCACUUCCUCCUCCACAUCAUCUGCCACUCCCUCCACUCAUCCUUAUGGACCCCCUGGCUGUGCUGGCUGACGAGAGAGGGGUAGAGGGCGGCCUGAGUGAGGGUGGGGUCACAGAGAGACAGAGCCCUUCCAUCCUCUCUCCCCCCAAGCCCACCCAGUCUCCCCCCAAACAUGCCCUCUUCUCCACCAACGUGGACUUCUUCGAGCCCGUGGAGAAAGAGAAGAGAGAGGAAGAGGAGGAGGAAGAGGAGGAUGAGGAUCAUUUCCGUCACCGCCGGCUCACAGGCGACUCCGGCAUCGAAGUGUGCCGCUGCCAAGUGAAGAGCGAGGAAGAGGAUGUGGAGAAGAAGGUGGAAGAAGAUCAAGUUGUAGGAGGGGAUGGAGAGGAGGGGGCGGAUUUCCUCCAUGACAGUGUGGACUGUUCCCUCCGAGCGCAGCAGGUCGCCCAGUGUGGCCACGCCUCCUCGGCCAUCCCCAGGGGCGGGGACGCCAUCAUCACCGUGGAGUCGUCAUGAGGACAGCCAAUGAGGGCCAAAUAAUUUGGUCAGGUGACCAAAACUCACUUGACUGACAACAAAUGGAGCCAAUGGAGCUUAAAAGUGUUUACUUUGACCCAGUAGCACCCCCUACUGUUCAAACCAGGAAGGAAGCCAAGGCCCACAUCAACUAGUAUGGGCCUGCUUGUGUUAACGGCUUACUGUAGUAAUGUGAAGUCACCAUAGUAACACAGAGGAAGAGGAUCAUCACAGCCUUCUAAUUGAAAGGAGGAAGGAAGUCGUUACAGAGGGAGUCGGACAGUUUAUCUGUGUUGAUCUUUCUGACGGUCAUUAUCAUUCUGUCCCACUGUGCUGCCACCGGGAACAAAGACACCUUUUAUUAUUUCUCAAAGUGGAGAAACCAAUGCUGCAGUGAAACUGCUAAUUAUACUCUCUCUCGCUCUCUCUUUCUGUCUCUCUGUCUUUCUGUCUCUCUCUCCCUCUCUCCCUUUCUGUUUCUCUCUCUCCCUCUCUGUCUCUCUUUCAUCACAGGAAGAGGAGCAACAGCUGCAUGAGACAGUAUAAAGUCAGCAUAAUGUUCACACAGUCUCCCUCGCACACACACACACACUCACACUCACACACACACACACACACACACACACACACACACACACACACACACACACACACACACACACACACACACACACACACACACACACACACACACACACACACACAACAACAACCCACCUGCUGUGUCUGAAGCUCUGCUGCACCUGCCCUUUUGCUUUGCAAAAAUACCUCCCGCUUUCUUCCUCUCCCCAUCCUCCCAUCAGAGUACUGUUAGCUCCUCUUCUCUUCUCCUCCUCUCCCAUCCUCCCAUCAGAGUACUGUUAGCUCCUCUUCUCUUCUCCUCCUCUCCUCCUCUCCCAUCCUCCCAUCAGAGUACUGUUAGCUCCUCUUCUCUUUUCCUCCUCUCCUCCUCUCCCAUCCUCCCAUCAGAGUACUGUUAGCUCCUCUUCUCUUCUCUCCUCUCCUCCUCUCCCAUCCCUCUCUCUCAGAGCAGCCUGCCUUUGACGAGGGCCAGUGGUUGAUGUUGCUGUUGGAUGUACAGUCAUUGACAAGGUGAGACUGGGUCUAGUCUAGUUACAAGCUGGUACAGACUGACCUCGCUGUCUGACACUCACAUUGACCUGUUGUUGCGCUGCUGCUCGGAUGAUCAGCAAUCUGCUAGGCAAUAAUGAUAUGAACAAUGAUUAUGACGAUGGACAAGAGCCAUUGAAAUCACUCCAAGACUGUCUGACUGUCCGUUGGAUUCUGAGUGGUCAGUGACAAGAAUAUGAACACUGAGAAAGAGGUGGUGUGUACAGUUACAACACGCCAAGACAUUGGUUUUCUGAUACCUAUUCUAGUGCUGUUUCACUGUUAGCUGAUAGUACACAUCCAGACUUUGUCCUAUUCUGACAUUUCAAAAGAGGAAUUGUGGUGUGUAUUUCUCCCAAGGUUUAGAACUAUGUGGACUGAUCUUAGUGUGCUCUCUACCCAAUCUACGCCAUCUUCUCUCUGUCCUCUUCAAUGGAGUUUCCUUAUCUGCUCAAUUGCUCAUUCAACAGCCUAACUCUAACUUUAAACCUUCACCUAUGAUAUUGAAUGUAAUCAUUUGCAUAUUAGCAACACCAAGCAAAGGAAGUGAAAUGGAAAACUUGAACUGGAAAUGAAGUGCUAACUGGACGAAGGACUGUUAAUAUCAGAAGUUACAGCUUUGAUUUCAAGGCAUUGCACUUGAUUUUCGUCAUCUGUAUUGAAGUGCCCCUGUUGUCUCCCAUAUUGUCCUAGACCUAGAGCGAAUGGAGGAGUUGUUUUGUGAGCUUUUCAAACUGGAACCGUGUCAGGGCUUUCUCUCGUGUGCUUUGCUGUUGUGUGUUUGUUCAUUUUUAAUAAUCUUGAAUCAUUUAUUUUUUAAUUCAACAGAACCAUUUCACCAUAAUCGCCUAAGGAUUGUUACAGAUUGAGUACAGAUUGAGUACAGAUUGAGUACAGAUUGAGUACAGAUUGAGUACAGAUUGAGUACAGAUUGAGUACAGAUUGUUACAGAUUGAGUACAGAUUGAGUACAGAUUGAGUACAGAUUGAGUACAGAUUGAGUACAGAUUGAGUACAGAUUGAGUACAGAUUGAGUACAGAUUGAGUACAGAUUGAGUACAGAUUGUUACAGAUUGAGUACAGAUUGAGUACUCACUAGUCAAUUACAGAAUGACUCACUUUAAACAGCGAUCAAAAUAUACUGCCGAAUGUUAUUGUGCUGAACAGGCGUAGUGUGAAAAUGAGACAAAUCACAGGUUUCAUUUCAUGUUGUUGUUAUUGUCACAUAUAUAGUUAUCUGAAGGCUACAUUUAGUUUCUCUGGUAACAAGCAGUGGCUUCAUACUGUAGGAAUGGUUGCCAUGGAUUUCCCAUGUACUGAGUCUUGUUUGAGACCCAAGCCUGACUUCAAAGCUAUUGACCUCUAGAUUGGCUCAAAGCUACAGUAGAUUGAUACUUUAAUACUGUAACCAGUUGGACUAUUCUCUGCGACUAGCAUCAAGGUGAUGAUGGAGAUCUUGUUAUCUGGGCUGGAGAAAUAGCAUGUUAACUCUUAGUGUGACUACAACCACAGACAGGAGAUGAUCCUUGCAUUUCAUUUUCUACAUCUCUCUUUCACCACUAUGUGUGCAUGUGUGUGUGUGUUUAUGUGUGUGUGCAUGAGUGUGUGUUUGUGUAAAGCUCUUAUUCGGCAGCUUAUGUAUAAUUACAGUUAUUGCUGAUGAGUCACUCGCUCCCACUGGCUCAUUCACCUGGGUGGACAUUUCUGGGAAAAUGUUUUUUUUUAAUACCAGAUUUCCAUGUUCAGACAUCCUGUAUGGUUAAAGAAAACAUUGUGUACGUGUGAACGGUGGGACUCAGAGACUAUCACAAAGCAUGAUGUCAUGUCAUCACGUCAGUCAGUGCAGCCGCAUAGCUGAGCGUGGGAGGGGGGGAGAUAUGGGGAGAGAACAAGAGAGAGAGGGGUGGAGAGAGAGAGGGAGAGAAAGAGAGAGAGAGAGAGAGGGGGGAAAGAGAGAGAGAGAGGGAGAGAGAGAGAGAGAGAGAGAGAGAGAGAGAGAGAGAGAGAGAGAGAGAGAACAUGAACAGCCAUUGGGCUCAUUGCUCAUCUGUGUCUUGCUGACGGAGAAGCUGUUUUUCAUGACUAAGUAUUUGGGUUCUCCUAUGUUAUGUAGUACUGUCCUAUGUGUGGUUGUCUUCUAGUCGUAUACCCAAACCCAUGUUCAGCAGUACUAUUUCAGCAGUCUCUUUUUUAAAGAUACUCGCAGUACAACUAUGAAAUCCGAGACGUGCAAAAGAAAAGGUACAUGUUUAGCAAUAGAAUGGCAUUAACUGUUAUCCCUUCCUCUGAUCAUUAUAGGUUGAAAACUGGUUGUAAUCAAGUUGUAAACCUGUUAUAAUGACAACAUUUACCUGUCGAUAGUGAUCAAUGACUUGUGAAACUGCAUUUUAAUAAGAACCAUGUCUGUUUCAAAGGUACCCUUUAACUACAGGUCUCAGACCAGCUGACUCGACCCCCACUCCUAAUCUUAACCUUUGGGACAUGAGAAGUAAAGCUGACCUCAGAGCAGCUCCUUUUGUGACUAUGACCAUUUAUUUUGCCUUGUCAGCUGCCAGUUGUUUCCUAUGAACAGUAUGCUUCUUCUAGCCUGGUCCACUAUCUGUUUGUGCUGUCUUCUCAGAUCUGGAACCAGGCUAUGCCCCCCCCCCCCCCCCCCCGCCCAGUCCCUUUGUUGAUAGGCCAAGGCAAAAAUGUCAGACUGUUACCUCGCCGAGUUAUUAUGACUGCGAUUGGAUGUUGACCCUGUUUUUCUGAUACUAUAUAGCCUCCUCUAUAUUUGUACUACUAGCUACUACCUUUAUUUUGUAUACCCUGAGAAUUUAAUUAGAAGCAUUGGUACAGUAGUGCCAAGUUCAUUUGAUGGAAAGCUGGGUCAUAUUCAUUAGGGUGCACCGUAGCAAAAUGUUUUGCAAUGGGGGGCGACAAGUGUUUCUUAUUGGCCAAAAUAAGGAAGACCUUCUCUGUUUCAGUCCAUUUUCUACCGCUUGGUAUAUAAUGAAUAUGACACUGUUGGGCCAGGAUGUCUUAAGACUGUUGGUUUUGCUCCAGGCAGGGAAGAAUGUCUCAUGUUUCACCGACUUCCUAAUAUAUCCUGCCAUUGACUGACAGCAGGCUUUAGCAACUACAGUUGAAGUCGGAAGUUUACAUACACUUAGGUUGGAGUCAUUAAAACUAGUUUUUCAACCACUCUACAAAUUUCUUGUUAACAAACUAUAGUUUUGGC